AUGGCAGACGGAAUCGAUCGCAAAGCUGAUGAGCGCAUGGAGUUCUCGACAUCGAAAGAUGUCACUGUCAUUCCAACCUUUGAUGAUAUGCACCUGAAGGAAACUCUUCUUCGAGGAGUCUACGCAUACGGAUAUGAGUCCCCUUCAGCUGUUCAAUCGCGUGCUAUUGUACAAAUCUGCAAAGGUCGCGAUACUAUUGCCCAGGCGCAAUCCGGUACUGGUAAAACGGCUACCUUUUCCAUCAGUAUGCUUCAAGUCAUCGACACCGCCGUUCGCGAAACCCAAGCGCUCGUGUUGUCACCCACUCGAGAACUCGCGACACAAAUUCAAUCGGUGGUUAUGGGACUGGGAGAUUACAUGAAUGUUCAAUGUCAUGCAUGCAUUGGUGGAACAAACGUUGGGGAGGAUAUUCGCAAGCUGGAGUAUGGACAGCAUAUCGUCUCUGGUACCCCUGGACGAGUUGCGGAUAUGAUUCGGCGUCGUAAUCUUCGAACUCGGCAUAUCAAGAUGUUGGUACUCGAUGAAGCGGAUGAACUGUUGAACCGCGGAUUCAGAGAGCAGAUUUACGAUGUUUACCGAUACCUUCCUCCAGCCACUCAGGUCGUGGUUGUUUCUGCUACUCUCCCUUACGAUGUUCUGGAUAUGACAACCAAGUUUAUGACGGACCCCGUCAGGAUCCUGGUCAAGCGUGAUGAAUUGACGCUGGAAGGAUUAAAGCAAUAUUUCAUUGCAGUCGAGAAGGAGGAAUGGAAGUUUGACACCGUCUGCGAUCUCUACGAUACUCUCACCAUCACUCAAGCUGUCAUCUUUUGCAAUACUCGCCGGAAGGUCGACUGGUUGACCGAUAAAAUGCGAGAAGCCAAUUUCACAGUAUCAUCAAUGCACGGAGAGAUGCCACAGAAGGAAAGAGAUAGCAUCAUGCAAGAUUUCCGUCAAGGCAACUCCAGGGUUCUGAUAUCCACAGACGUUUGGGCUCGUGGUAUUGAUGUCCAGCAAGUUUCUUUGGUUAUCAACUAUGAUCUCCCUAGCAAUCGUGAGAACUACAUCCACCGCAUCGGUAGAUCUGGUAGAUUUGGACGAAAAGGUGUUGCGAUCAAUUUUGUCACGAGCGAGGAUGUGAGGAUCUUGCGAGAUAUUGAGUUGUACUACUCUACUCAAAUCGAAGAAAUGCCAAUGAACGUUGCAGAUCUACUGGCAUAA